AUGUCCAACAAGAACACAAAGGCACUGGCGCAUGAAAAGCGCAAGGGCGAGUCUGCCCUGGGCGACUUUGCCGAGUACGUGGAGCAGCAGCAGAACCUCCGUUUUCCUGCGUCAAGACGGACCAACGUUGACGCCGGGUCGCAUGCCCAUGACGCCGAGCAUCAUGAAGAAUUGGAUGAACUGUUUGAUCAUCUUGACCUGGCAGACACUGCACCGAGGAUACCCCUCAGAGAUCUCGUCCUUGGCACGGAUGAGCAGACAUUUGAGAAGCUCCGUCAUCUAAUUGCUGACCGAAUUGAGGAGGGGAUGGGCGAGACCGUUUUCGAGCUGGGCUUUGAAAACAACGGAGACUCAAUGAACUUGGCCGUCAAUGACUGGAGGGCGGCGCACAAACGAUUGGUGGACGCGGCAAAGGCCGCAGGAGCUGCUUGUGAACUCCUUCUGACCAAGAACGUCGGUGGCAAACUCGAGGCAGAGGGCACGAUCAAGAGGCCCGACAAGGGAGGCGGGUGCAGCGGCAAGAUUCUUAUACGAAGAAUUCCUACGAACGUUGAGGACGUUAUCGAGACUAGAAUAGCGGUGGUUGGUAACGUUGAUGCUGGGAAGAGCUCCAUGCUCGGAGUGCUGGUAAAGGGUGACUUGGAUGACGGCAGAGGCAAAGCGCGUGUAAAUCUGUUCCGCCACAAGCAUGAAAUCGAAAGUGGCCGAACGAGUUCCGUCGGAAUGGAGAUUAUGGGCUUCGACAGUGUUGGCCAGGUAGUCACUUCUGAUACCCCGGGAAGAAAACUAUCGUGGGAGGACAUUGGCAAGCGAAGUGCCAAGGUAAUCACCUUAAGCGAUUUGGCUGGCCAUGAGAAAUACCUGAGAACAACAGUCUUCGGACUGCUUUCCAGCAGCCCAAACUACUGUCUCCUGAUGGUUGCCGCGAACAACGGGCUGGUUGGGAUGAGCAAAGAGCACCUGGGAAUUGCCCUCGCUCUCAACGUCCCCGUCAUGGUGAUCAUCACCAAGAUCGACAUUUGUCCUCCAAAUAUUCUCGAGGAGACCAUUACCCAGAUCACCAAGAUCAUGAGGAGCCCCGGGGCCCGCAAGGUUCCUACCUUUAUCAAGAACCGCGAGGAGUGUAUCAACACGGCUACGCAGUUUGUCAGCCAGAGAAUAUGUCCCGUGUUCCAGGUUUCCAAUGUGACGGGGGAAAAUUUGAAUUUGGUCCGGACGUUUCUGAAUAUUCUUCCUCACCACGGAAAGUACAACACGGAUGCGCCGUUCGAGUUUCAUGUUAACGACACGUUCUCGGUGCCCUUUACAGGAACCGUCGUUUCUGGAAUCGUCAAGUCCGGCAUGAUUCAUGAGGGAGACAACGUUUUGAUUGGCCCCGACUCCCUGGGACAAUUCACACCGACAGCCAUUCGAUCGAUCGAGCGCAAGAGAAUACGUGUGCCCGCCGCUGUUGCUGGCCAGUCUGCCUCAUUCGCGCUGAAGAAGGUGAAGCGUAGAGACGUGCGCAAGGGCAUGGUUGUACUUCCCAAGGUGGAGGGCGGGCCGAGCCCCAAGGUUCACAGAGAAUUCAUUGCAGAAGGGGACAGGGCCACGGUUGCAUUCCAGUUCGUCCAGCGGCCCGAGUACCUUGCGCCAGGCGACAGGCUGCUGUUCCGCGAGGGCCGUACGAAAGGCCUGGGCAUUGUGAAGGCUGUCGGGUAUGACCCUGACCGCCCGUUGACGGGGAAGCCCGCGAAUGGCGACGACGAUCAGAAGGACCAGGACAAGCCUCCCGCGGGCCGGCAGGUCCAGGUCAGCGCGUAG